UUAUGUCUAUAGUGUAAACCGGCUAUGAUAGUAUCUGUGGUCUGUGGUACACGGGCGGAAGAAAACGCAAGUCGCAAACUCGCAACGCAGAGCUGCCGACGCCUAAAGAAGGAUAGUUAAUUUACCUGUUGGUUUCCCUCUGUGAAGAUGUCAUCUCGGGGAAGAGGCUAUGGAGGCAGGGGCAGUUACAGUGGUGGACGCGGAAGCAGUUAUAGAGGGUCCUACAGAGGAAGUAGCAGUCGAGGAUCCUAUGAAAGUCGCGGGGGACGUGGUGGGGGCUAUUCAUCAUACAAUAAUGAUUCCCGUUAUACAAGUGGCAGUGCAAGCAGAUAUAAUUCCAGCCGUGACAGGAUGGAAGACUCCUACAAAAAAGUGUAUCGAUCUGAAAGCUCCGCUAAUUAUUCCAACCGCGACUAUGGUGGUCGCUCAGGCUCUCCAGACAGAAAGAGAAUGAGGAUGGAGCGUGUCGAAAGAAACAAAGAGAGUUAUGUACAGGGCUCUUCGAGCGAUAGACGUAGCCAUGAUGGUGGUGGCCAUUACGGUGGAUCAUAUGGCGCUCGACAAGAAAGUUACAGCAGCGAAAGGAGAUCGUUCGGUGGCGAAGAUCGGAGACGCUCGCCAAACCGAGAAAGCUACCGCAAGCCAAGCGGUAUGGGCCCGCCGCGAGAGGCGGUAAGGCCCGCGACGCGCCCGCGAGCCGUGCGCCGAUCGUUCCGCGGCCGCACUAUGCGCUCGCGGGCCUCUUUCCGAGGCGCGCCGCGCUCUCGCGGUACAUUUACCUCUAGGCGAUACACCGAAAGAUCGCUCGGUUAUACCCGUGCGUUCCGAUCUCUCAAGGGCCGAAGCUCGGUCAAGUCUAAGGAAGAUGCUUCCUCGACAGAAGAGGAUUGGGAUGCUGAAGAGAAGGAAGAAGCAGUUGAAGAAAAAAAGGAAAUCAAGAUCAAGUCUCCAAAGGCGGAACCAGAGCCUUCGGACGGUGAGCAAGUGGAUGGCGGUGAAGAUACUGAUAAAGAACCUGACGCCGCUUCGGAUUCUGCACCACAACGCCCGCGACCCUACGUGCACUUAGCGUGCGUCCACUGCAAAGAAAAAUGCGCUACCUUCGCGGCGUACGUGAAGCACUUGGUGUCCAGCAAGCACCGCGCGGCCAUGAGCGGCGUGGCGCGGCGGCACAAGGCGCAGCUGCUGCGCAUGCGCGUGGCGCAGCGCGGCGCACAGCGCGAGCUGGAGGCGGCGGCGGGCGCGCAGCUGGCGGCGCGGACCACGUUCUGCCCCGUGUGCCGCCUCAACCACCGCACCACGCGCCACGCGCACAACCUCACCGACACGCACCGCGCCAUGAAGCGCUUCCUCAUGCCGUUCUGUCAGAUUUGUCGUCUCACUUUCCGUUCGCCCAUGAUUUACGAACACCACAUUUGCUCCCUGGAGCACCUUAAGAGAAAGGCUAGCCAAUCAGCUCGCCGCGUCAGCCCCAAAGCUGAAGCUAGUGGCGACGAAGGUAUGGACGUAGAUUUGGACAAUUUCAUGACUCUUGACUCUGUUGGCGAUGUUGAUGAAGUCGAGGAUGACGACUCCGGCGGCGAAAAAAAGGACGAAUCUUCCCCAAAAAAGCCUAAGGUCGAAAUUAACAUCGGAAGUGAACAUAUUAAAAAGAUGGAGGUGUGGUGGUGUGAAUUAUGCCGCGUGUACUUGCCUCGAGUUGAACCUGGAGGUACGGAGGAAGCUGAGGCGCUGAGACGUCAUUGUCGCCUACGUAUUCACCUGGGCCGCUACGUACAGCAUCGCGACACUCGUACACUACGGAAACAUGCUGAGAGAAUUCAUCGUCAGUUACAUCAACAAAAAGAAGAAGAUAAAGAACCUUCAGCUUCAGAGACUGGGGAUAAAAAUGUGUCAGAUAAACAUGAAGCUGUUGAAGAAACUAAAAAGAAACUGGACAAUGGCGCGGACAACUCCACUGCAUCUGGCAGUGAAGAUAAAUUAUGGGCAGAUGUUGAUAAAGAUAUAGGUGAGCUGUUGAGAGAAGUAGAUCCUCAAGGCAAUGAGGGCAGUGAUGAUGACGAGGAUCUUGGAAGGUAUGAUAAAUUCAGGAAGAGUGACAAGAAAACUAAAGCUGGAGAAAAUGGUGAAAAUCCUGCUGACACAGCAGAUGCUGUUAGUGAAAAAAGCAACACAGAGAAUAACACAUCUGUCUAAAAUGUAACCUACUUAUGGUAAGAAUUAUUUGUGUCGUAAUAAUUAGCAAUAUUUUAUUAAACUAAUAUGAAUUAAAUACUUACAAUACA